CAGCGGUGUAGGAGUUACCGUCUAAUCUCAUCCCGAGUAAAGAUGCCAGAACCCGCCAAAGCCCCGAAGAAAGGCUCGAAGAAAGCCGUGUCCAAGGCCACCAAGACCGGCAAGAAGAAGAGGAAGACCAGGAGGGAGAGCUACGCCAUCUACGUGUAUAAGGUGCUGAAGCAGGUUCACCCGGACACCGGGAUCUCCUCCAAGGCCAUGCUGAUCAUGAACUCCUUCGUGAGCGACAUCUUCGAGCGCAUCGCCGGUGAGUCCUCCAAGCUGACUCACUACAACAAGCGCUCCACCAUCACGUCCAGGGAGAUCCAGACCGCCGUCCGCCUGCUGCUGCCCGGGGAGCUGGCCAAGCACGCCGUGUCCGAGGGCACCAAGGCCGUGACCAAGGUGUCCGAGGGCACCAAGGCCGUGACCAAGUACACCAGCUCCAAGUAAACCCGCUGCCGACCUGCGACACAAAGGCUCUUUUAAGAGCCACACACAGAUAAACUAAGAGCUCUCACUCCUGUUCAUGCAGUUUGUGUCUCUGUGGAAGAAGAUUCAGACUCCUUCAAAGUAUGUUUGGUUAAUUUACAGCUGGGUGGCUGAAUCCAGCAGAUCUCUUUACUAUAACUAAAUAUACUAUUAAAUGUUGUGAGUCCAAGUGAAUGUUUAGACUGGGAGUAUCAGGAAAAUAAACUUUCUGCACAACAUGGACCUAUGUAUAUGACCCUAGAUAAAUGUUUCCCCCUGUAGAAGACUAAACUAACUUCUAAAUGGAAGCCCUAAGUGGUCAUACAUUAAUUUACCUACCAGGAACGGUGUGAUGCUAAUCUGAACUCUUAUCUUGAGAAAACGCAUGAAAUUAACUCAGAUAAAAAUGUGACCGUUAAGAGCUUCCGUACUUUUACAUGCAUGUUAUGUCAUUUAAUGUAGGUACGGUCCUCCAGGCUUUGCAUCCCAGGUUACUCAUGAAAUCUGUAUCUUUCUUUAUUAAUAAGAAGAAUAUAGGUUUACUUUUAUUUCUUCAGUCUCGCAUCAAAUGAUCGUAAAGAAUUAAAUGAAGCUUCACAAAGAUACAGUACGGCCCAGACCUGCUGUAAGAGAGAACUUCUGUUCUGCUAUACUAAUAAAAAUGUGAUAUUU